UCCAUGUCAAACGGAAGCUGAUCCGGAUAAUUAUAUUGUAAUUAAGCAGUCAUCGAUCCCUGCUUAUCCCCUAUUAUUACGACUCUAUUUACAUUGUCUACGUACCCAACUCUCUCAUCUUCCACUUAUUUCCCCAUACCAUAUAUAUCUGCUUUCGAUCUCUACUUACUAUAUAGCCACAGACAUUUCUUCGUUUCUUCGAUAUUAAUGGAAGGGGGUAAGGAGUCGAGCAGCAGCAGCGAUCCUCCUAAGAUCAACAAGUAUGCGUGCGCUUGUGCUAUUGUUGGUUCUAUUAUAUCCAUUAUUUUUGGAUAUGACACCGGUGUGAUGAGUGGAGCCAUGAUAUUCAUUAAAGAAGACCUCAAAAUCAGUGACACACAGGUGGAAGUCAUAGCCGGGAUUCUCAACUUAUGCGCUUUGGUGGGGUCUCUCUGUGCCGGAAGAACCUCCGAUUACAUUGGCCGUCGUUAUACAAUUGUUCUGGCCUCCAUGCUCUUCUUGGUUGGUUCGGUUCUGAUGGGCUAUGGUCCUAAUUACGCAGUCUUGUUCACCGGAAGGUGUGUCGCGGGCCUUGGUGUAGGCUUCGCGCUCAUGAUUGCUCCCGUGUAUUCGACGGAGAUUUCGUCUCCGUCGACGAGAGGCUUCCUCAGCUCUCUACCUGAGCUCUGCAUCAGUAUCGGCAUUUUGACAGGAUAUGUUUCUAACUAUUUUCUGUCGAAAUUGACGCUCAAAGUUGGUUGGAGAGUGAUGCUUGGGAUUCCAACAGUACCUUCUAUUUGUUUAGCCUUCGGCAUUCUUGCAAUGCCCGAGUCCCCGAGAUGGCUCGUAAUGCAAGGCCGUCUCGGGGAUUCACAGAAAGUCAUGUUGAAAAUAACUAAUACGGAGCAAGAAGCCUUGCUCCGUAUAAAAGACAUGAAAAGAGCGGCCGGGAUUGAUGAGAAUUGCAAAGAUGACAUUGUCAAGUUACCCGAAGACACGAAUGGGGGUGGAAAAGGGGUGUGGAAAGACCUCAUUUUAAGGCCAUCCCCGCCUGUUCGGUGGAUGUUAUUAGCUGCGCUUGGCAUCCAUUUCUUUCAGCACGCAACAGGAAUAGAAGCGGUGGUUCUAUACGGUCCACGAAUAUUCAAGAAAGCCGGCGUGACGAGCAAGAACAAGCUCUUGCUCGUCACUGUCGGAGUGGGAGUCACCAAGACAAUUUUCAUAUUCAUAGCGACUCUCUUACUCGACAAAUUCGGGAGGAGGAAGCUUUUGUUAACGAGCGUGGGGGGUAUGAUUGUGGCACAUUCAGCAUUAGGCGCAGGCCUAACCGUGGUGAGACAAUCCGACGAGAAAGUGACCUGGGCCUUGGUAUUGUGCAUUGCGGCUACAUACAUGUACAUGAUGUUUUACUCCCUCGGCCUUGCGCCUAUAACUUGGGUUUACAGCUCGGAGAUAUUCCCCCUGAAAUUGAGGGCUCAGGGGGCGAGCAUUGGAGUCGCGGUGAAUAGGCUAACCAAUGCAGCGGUUUCCAUGAGCUUUAUAUCCAUCUAUAAGGCCAUCACUAUAGGAGGAACUUUCUUUUUGUUUGCUGGUAUCUCUGUAGUGGCUUGGCUUUUCUUCUUCUUCUGUUUGCCCGAGACGAAAGGGAAAUCUCUCGAAGAAAUGGAGCAGGUUUUUAGCAAGCGCAGCAGCAGGAAAUCUCAGAAUUCAAGCGUCGAAGUGCAACCAGAGUAGUGGUUUUAAGGUCUCUGUGUAGCGUUCUUGAGCUUUUCCUACAUAGCCUAUGUACUGCAUUAUUUAUUACUUGGUGAUGGCAAAUUUGCAAUGUACAUCCUAGCUUUUAGUUCUGUCUCCACUGCUUUGCAGAACAAACAAGUUAUAAGAAGCCUGGUAAAUAGAUCAGUGUUUAGAUUAUGCUUUCUGCUUACUGUGAAGAGUCAAGAUUUCAUCCUACAAAAAACAGCUUGGCCAUGUUUUUGCUUGAAGAGAUUACUUAUUUAUCCUAAUUUUGA